AUGGGGGAUUUUGCAGCCCCCGCUGCCGCCGCGAAUGGCAGCAGUAUCUGCAUCAACAAUAACCUGAACAGCAGCCUCGGCGGGGCCGGUAUCGGGGUUAACAGCACUCCCCACGGUCCUCCCGCCGCCGCUGCCGGUAACAAUAACGCGAACAGCGGCGGCAUUCCCAAGCACAGCACGGUGGUGGAGCGGCUGAGGCAGCGCAUCGAGGGCUGCCGCCGGCACCAUGUCAACUGCGAGAGCAGGUACCAGCAAGCCCAGGCGGAGCAGCUGGAGCUGGAGCGCAGGGACACGGUGAGCCUCUACCAGCGGACCCUGGAGCAGAGGGCCAAGAAAAUGGGCACCGGCACCGGCGGCAGCAAGCAGCAGCAUCAGAGCAAACAGCAGCAAGAUGCCGAGCCUGCCACGGCGGAACAGAGGAACCACACGCUGAUCAUGCUUCAAGAGACAGUCAAAAGGAAGUUGGAAGGUGCCCGCUCACCUCUCAAUGGAGAACAGCAGAAUGGAGUUUGUGAUGGGAGCUUUUCUCCGACCAGCAAGAGGAUACGGAAGGAUGUCGAGGCCAUCAACAGCUUGCCCAAUAAUUUGCCUUUGCCUGCUGUUUCUCCUCUUCACCAGCUUGACAUGAAAGCUCCCCUGCCCCUGCAGAACAGUGGGACUCACAGUACUGGUCUAGAAGACUUGGGUAAAAAUGGUGGAGUUUCAGAGAUAAAGCUCCCUGUUAAUGGUUGCAACGAGCUAGAGGAUAGUUUUAACAUCCUGCAGAACAAGGAGCUAAAGCAAGAGCCUUUGGAUGACCCUAGCUGCAUAGACACUUCCGAAACAUCUCUUUCAAAUCAGAAUAAGCUCUUUUCAGACAUUAACCUGAACGAUCAAGAGUGGCAGGAGCUAAUAGAUGAACUGGCAAACACCGUUCCAGAAGAUGAUAUACAAGAUUUGUUCAACGAAGACUUCGAGGAGAAGAAGGAGCCAGAGUAUCCCAGGCCUUCCACAGAGGCUCAAGAGAGUGCAAGUGUGAAGAGCGAUCCAUCUCAUUCUCCCUUUGCUCAUGUCCCACUAGGGUCUCCCCAGGUGAGGCCAUCUUCUUCUGGUCCUCCGUUUUCAAACGUCUCCACCGCCUCCAGCAUAGCUUCUGCGUCCAGCGCCCCACCAGCCCCCAUCCCGGCCGGCUCACCAGCAAACUGUGUGGUUCAGUCCCCCCAGACUCCCAGCCAGGCCCACACCCCGGGCCAGACGCAGGCACGCUCUGGAAAUGGCUAUCUCAUGAACCCAGCGGCAGCACCGGUGGCGGGGUCGGGGCCUGGGCCCGUGAGCAUGCCGAGCGCUGACUUGUCUCCAGCUGAACAGCUGAAGCAGAUGGCAGCCCAGCAGCAGCAAAGAGCCAAGCUCAUGCAGCAGAAGCAGCAGCAGCAGCAUCCAAAUCAACCCUCAAGCUGGUCACCGGUGGGCCCUCCAUCUAGUCCGUACGGCGGACCCUUCAGCGCAGACAAACCAAAUAGUCCAAUGAUGUAUCCCCAAGCCUUUAACAACCAAAACCCAAUAGUGCCUCCUAUGGCAAACAAUCCGCAGAAGACCACGAUGAAUAACUACCUCCCUCAAAACCACCUGAGUAUGAUCAGUCAGCAGCCAAAUAACCUGGGCACAAACUCCCUGAGCAAACAGCCCAACAUGCUUUCCUACGGCAACACCAAACCCCUGACCCACUUCAACGCCGAGCUGAGUCAGAGGAUGACGCCGCCGAUGGCAAAUCCCGGCAAGAACCCCAUGAUGCCCUACAUCCAGCAGCAGCAGCCGCCCCAGCAGCCGCAGAUGCAGGCUCAGAUGGCACACCUGAGCGAGGAGCAGAAGCGCAUGCUCCUCAUGAAGCAGAAGGGGAUGAUGAACCAGCCCAUGGCGUACGCACCGAUCCCUUCCCUCGCUCAGGAGCAGCAUCAGGUGGGAUUGUCUCGGACCACAGGGCCUAUGCAGCCUUCUGUCCCACCGGGCUCCAGCAGCGUGGUCACAGGCACAAGCUCUGGGGGUCCCUUCCUGGGAAACCAACCUCAGGCAGCCAUCAUGAAGCAGAUGCUGAUUGAGCAGAGAGCCCAGCUCCAUGUGAUAGAGCAGCAGAAACAACAGUUUCUAAGAGAGCAGAGGCAGCAGCAGAUCCUGGCAGAGCAGCAGUUGCAGCAGCAGUCACAUUUGCCUCGGCAGCACCUGCAGCAGCAGCAGCGGAGCCCGUAUCCCGUGCAACAGGUCAAUCAGUUCCAAGGUUCUCCCCAGGAUAUAGCAGCUGUGAGAAACCAAGCAGCACUGCAGAGCAUGAGGACAUCUCGCCUGAUGGCCCAGAACGCCAGCAUGAUGGCAAUGGGUCCUUCGCAGAGCCCGAGCACGCUGCCCACCACCGCGGGCCAGUCAGACAUGGGCAUGGCUCCUUACAGCAAUGCCUCUUCCAGCCAGCCAGGAAUGUACAGUAUGAGCACAGGGAUGAGCCAAAUGUUGCAGCACCCAAACCAAAGUGGCAUGAACAUGGCACAUAACGCAGGCCAGGGAACGAGGCAGCCCGCCUCUGGACAAGCGGUGGGUAUGGUGGGCAGCUUUGGGCAGAACAUGCUGGUCAGCUCUGCCCUGACACAGCAUCAGCAGCAGAUGAAAGGACCUGUGGGCCAGGUCUUACCAAGGCCACAAGCACCACGACUUCAAAACCUGAUGGGGACUGUCCCUCAAGGAACACAAAACUGGCAGCAGCGAGGUUUACAAGGUAUACCUGGGAGGACUAGCGGUGAAAUGGGGCCCUUCAACAACGGCACAACAUACCCCAUGCAGACUGGGCAGCCACGGCUGUCCAAGCAGCAUUUCCCACAGGGGCUGAAUCAGACAGUUGUGGACUCCAGUGGAACAGUAAGAGCCCUCAACCCAGCAAUGGGCAGACAGUUGCUGCAACCACUGCCUGGACAGCAAGGAGCCAGCCAGGCCAGGCCGAUGGUGAUGCCUGCAAUAAGCCAAGGGGUCCCCACCAUGUCUGGCUUUGGUCAGCCUCCAACGCAGCAAAUGCCAGGUGGUAACUUUGCUCAGAGCAGCCAAGGCCAGGCCUAUGAGAGGAAUCCCACUCAGGACAUAGCCUACAACUACAGUAAUGAAGGAGCAGGGGGGGCAUUCUCUGGCUUAGCAGAGGGUGCAGACCUCGUGGACUCCAUCAUUAAGAGCGGACCAGGGGAUGAGUGGAUACAAGAACUUGAUGAGUUGUUUGGGAACCCCCAGUGA